AUGGCGUGGACAAAUUACCAAAAAUUUCUAGCUCUCCUUAUGGUCGUGACUGGAUCAUUUAAUACUUUGUCUGUCAAAUAUUCAGACAGAUUAAUUGUACCGGGUGCAGAUGGACAACCAAGACAUUUCAACCAUCCAUUUAUCCAGUCAAGUUUUAUGUUUUUAGGAGAAAUGUCUUGUUUAUUGAUUUUUAAAAUCAUAUAUGUUUAUUAUAAUCGUCUUAACGAUGGAUCUGUGGACAAUAAUCGUUUAACUAAAGGCUCAAGAAAUUUUAACCCGUUAAUAUUUGUAAUUCCUGCAUUAUGCGAUAUGAUUGCAACAUCGAUAAUGUACGUCGGAUUAAAUUUAACUUACGCUAGCAGUUUUCAAAUGCUUCGCGGAUCUGUUAUAGUUUUUACGGGUAUUUUAUCAAUGGGAUUCUUGGAUCGUAAACUUGGGACACGAGAAUGGUCAGGAAUUGGGAUGGUGAUAUUUGGUUUAGCUCUCGUUGGAGUAAGUGAUUUAUUAAUAUCAGAACAAACGAUGGAUAAAAAUUCUAUUAUUACUGGUGAUUUACUCAUUAUUUCUGCUCAAGUAAUAACAGCUGUGCAAAUGGUAGUUGAAGAAAAGUUUUUAUCCGGAUUAGACAUUCCACCACUUCAAGCUGUUGGUUGGGAGGGAAUUUUUGGUUUCCUUGGAAUUGUUUUAGCUAUAAUUCCAUUUAAUUAUAUAAAAGCUGAUCCUCCAUUCGCUGACAAUUCACAAGGAACACUUGAAGCACCUAUCGAUGCUUUUAUUCAAAUUGGAAACAGUGGAAGACUGUUCAUGUCCAUCAUAGGUAUUAUGUUGAGUAUUGCAUUCUUCAAUUUCGCUGGAAUCAGUGUAACUAAGGAAAUGAGCGCUACUACACGAAUGAUCCUUGAUAGUAUAAGAACUAUCACCAUUUGGAUAUUUUCAAUUAUAUUUCAAUGGCAAGAACUUCAUUACGUCUCCACUACUAUUCAAUUAUUUGGAUUCACCAUUUUAUUAAUUGGAACGUCAUUUUAUAACAACGUGUUGAUUCCACAAUUAUUACGAAAAUGUCAAUCGAGACUUGGAAGACACCGACCACCACGUACUGAUGAAGUUCGAGUGAUAAAUCCGACGACUGGUGAUCAAGAUAUCGAAGAUAAUCGAUAA